GCAGUGACUGGGAUGGGAUGGGUCUUUCAUGAUGUUACGAGAGCACCGAAGGCAUCGAGUUCCAGAUUGUUUCCAGAAGUGGACAGCCGUGCCUCGGAGUCCCCUCGUCAGGGCAAUGAGGUGUCGUCGUCACCGAGAGCCUCUGGGCCGCAGGAUCAGGAUGACUGCUACAACAUGUCCGGAGUAAGGAAGGCCUUCAUCCUCUGCGUCACAGAGGGGAGACGAGGGACCACAAUAGAUCUGAUUAAUCUUCAGGAAACUUUGCGAAGCUUGGGUUUCGAAGUGUCUAAGUGUAUCAACCCGAAUGGUCAGGAAAUCUUCUCCUCCCUGGAGAAGUACCGAGACAGCAUUAAGGAUGAAGUCUGCUGCUCCUUCGUGUUCAUUCUGGCGCACGGGUCCGAGGGCAAGGUUAGGGGUCGUGACGGUGAAGAGGCUGACCUUGAGGAGAUCUUCGACAUGUUCAACAACGAGGAGUGUCUUCAUCUGCAGCAGAAACCCAAGGUGUUCGUCAUCCAAGCCUGCCGAGGAGAUAACAAAGACCGUGGUGCUGUUUCAGCCGGCUUCCGUGCUUUGUCUGAGAAACUCCCGAUGGUUUCGGACACCUUUGUUGUGUAUCCCUCACGACCAGGUUACGUGGCCUAUCGGCACACAGCUCAGGGAUCAUACAUGAUCACAUUCAUGACGGAGGUCUUCAAAAGCCACGGGAACCAGGAGCAUCUGUAUGACCUGUUCGUCAGGGUGAACCGACGGAUGGUGACUGAACGAUAUAAAACAUACAAGACCACUGUGGUGAUGGAAUCGACCCUGACCAAGGCCGUCUACCUCAAACCCACCUGAUGCUGAAGAUUGAGGCACUCUGCCCAACCCCCUACCCUCUUCCUCCUCCCCUCCCUCUCUCCCCACCCCUUCUACCCUCUCCUCUCCCCUUCUGCCCUCUUCAUUCAUCCACUCUCCACCCCCUCCCACGCUCUCCCCCUUUGCCCCCUCUCCUCUCCCCUGCCCCUCCCCCUCCCUUCCACAGAACACACUUCCUCAGACUCACUUCUGCUCACUCCAGUUUCGUUGUGAGAGCUCGGGCCCCUGCGGAGUUUAUCGAUUUGGGUGGACGUCCUGCAGCCCUUCAGCAUCGAAUAAUAAUGGUGAUGAGCAAUAAAUCAGAAUACUUUACUCUGGUGCAGAACUUUCUGACCAUUUAUUCACUUCUGGGGUCUCGACUUUGCAAAAGUGUCCCCACCCAGCUGCCUCUUUCAUUGGUGGGGUGACCCCCUCGCCCUGGAAGCACUGUGGGGAAGGGGCUCCCAUUGUGCUGUUGCAGAGGGAGUUUGAGGAGUCAGACCCAUCGAUGAUUCUAUAUUUCCAGAAAGGAUGGUGGACCUCUUUUUGCUGGA